UCGGACGAGGAAGGAUGCGAACCUGCCGUUUUCCUUGAGGUACCUUCGUUGAAUGUAACCGUGCAGGUUGAUAACUGGAUGAAUCUUACUUGUAAAGCUAGUGGCGUCCCAAUUCCGAUCAUUGAGUGGAAGAUGAACGACAAACAACCGGAAUCGUACUGCGAUUGGAUUACGGAGGAUGGUAUCGGAGAGCUGAGCUGUCGAAUGCGGUUGAUCGACAGCGGAAACUACACCUGCGUCGCGAGACAGCUGAAUAGGACAAUUGAAUCGGUUCCAACCGUCGUCAAGGUCACAGGAAACGUGUGCAAAGAAGGUUACUUCAACGAAGUUGGCAAGAGGAAAAUGUGCUUGAAAUGUGUCUGUUCUGGAGUGUCUAGUUUGUGCCAUGCAGCGGAUCUCUAUCGAUGGAAUUACACGAUGGCGAUGAACGACUGGAAAAUGAAGUAUGCAACGGUUGUGAACCUGCUAUCGUCAAAGUUCAAAAUCUAUGACCAUUUCGAGCAGGUUCCAAAGAACACCACUCCCUACUACUUUCUACCCUUCAGAUUUAUCCGGUAUCAAGUGGGUUCGUAUGGAGAACAGUUUCAGUAUGAAAUUUCAGUAGAUAACUCCUCUUACUCAAAAGAGGAACCGGACAUCAUUUUGAAGGGUUACAACACCACCCUACUCUAUUCACAUAAGCUUCGAUUUAUCCCAAACCAAUCCAAUCCGGUAGCGUUUCGAUUCAGUGAGAUAAGUUUUAUCAAACCGGACGGCAAACGGGUAACCCGUGAGGAUGUUAUGACCGUUUUGGCCUACAUUGACACGUUUAUGAUACGGAUGUAUCCGGUGAAUGGAAAUUUUAUGCCCGCCAGUACACCGAUGGUGAUGAAUGCCUCGACGGACCUCGGCUACCACGGCCUGGGGAAGGUAACUCGAGUGGAACAAUGUCGCUGUCCACACGGGUAUCGGGGAUCUUCGUGUGAGUGGUGUGACUUUGGAUACGAUCGAGUGCAGAAAUUUUCACGAACCGGAGCCUGCAUGCCAUGGGAGUGGCAUCGGGCGGAAUACGAGAAAGUGUCCACCUCGACGACGAUGAGGAAUUACCAUUACGUGUGAUUUGUGAUGCGGGCUAUUGAACGUAAAGAUUGCUUUCAAGGAUUAUGAGAUGAAUAGAAAUAAUUAAAACUGUUAAUGGUUCAACUAUUUUUAAAAGCUCUAUUUUAAAUCUAAUUGUGUCUUUUUUGUCUCUGUUUUUCCGGUGCUUUGAACAUUAUUCUGAGUUUGAUUUACUAAAAGUUUGUCUUUUUUUUAAUCCCAUACAUACAUACAUUUAUUUGUACAACUUCACAUUUAAGAUAAGACAUAAUCAACAAUAGUACGCUACAAUACUCGGUUUGCGGCUGCCGCUCUCCAUCCUCGGUCAUGCCCAAUGCUCGCUAGAUCACGCUCUACCUGGUCCGCCCAUCGUGCUCUCUACGCUCCACGCCUUCUUGUGCCAACCGGAUCAGUAGCGAACGCCAACUUUGCAGGGUUGUUGUCCAGCAUUCUUACAACAUGUCCUGCCCAACGCAUCCUUCCGGCUUUGGCCACCUUCUGGAUGCUGGGUUCGCCGAAAGCUCGUGCUUCAUUCUGCGCCGCCACUCACCGUAUUCCUGCACACAGCCGAAGAUCGUCCUUAGCACACGUCGCUCGAAAACUCGGAGUGCUUGCAGGUCCUCCUCGAGCAUAGUCCAUGUCUCGUAUCCAUAGAGGACUACCGGUCUUAUUAGCGUUCUGUACAUGGUACAUUUGGUGAGGGGGUGAAUAUUUUUUGACCGUAGUAGGUACGACUUCCACUGAUGAUGCGCCUUCGUAUCUCACGACUCACAUUGUUGUCAGCCGUCAGUAAGGAUCCAAGGUAAACGAAUUCCUCCACUACCUCGAAAGUAUCUCCAUCUAUCGUGACAUUACUUCCUAGACGAAUCCUGUCA